CAAACUUAUUAAUAAGCACUUUAGCACUUUAUGAUCAUUACUAUAUAAAAAAUGAUGAGAGGUAAGAUCAAAAAAUAAUUGAGUGAUCAGUGAUCAGCAAAUACUGUAUGUUCAUUCUCCGCAAAAAUCACUGGGGCGCGCGUACAAUAAACGGAAUUUCAUAUACGAUCAUUAUUUCUAUUUUAAUAGAAUUCAAUCGGAGUUUUAUUGGUUAGCGCAGUACUAUAAACGACAGAUACAUAUAAAAAUAUCAACUGUACAAGCUCAUUUCACCAAAAUGACCGAUCAAUCAAUUUUUAACCGUUUUAGAGCAAAUGAUGCUCCAUAUGUUGCUUUUCAGGACGAUAACGAAGAUCAUGAAGAGGAAUCAAAUAGCUAUGUUUUACGUCCAACAAUACAAAAUACUCGGACACGAACUCCGUUAUUUCAACCUUUAUCAAAUCAAAAACAACAACGAUACCAUCAAUUGCCCGAAAACGAUGAUGAAGAGUUAGCGUUUUCGGAUCAGGAAAGUAAUGAGGCCCCUCCUUCCUUAAUUGUUGAGAUGCCUUCUCAGCGUCAUAAGAAAUUAAACCCAAAACCGGGGAUGGACAUAAGAGAGCUAACAAUGUGGAAAUGGGUUAAUGUAGAAAAUCUCGAUUUAUUCCUUGCACACGUUUAUUCAUAUUAUAUCGGAAAAGGAAUAUAUUGUAUUUUACUAAGUCGAUUUCUAAAUUUAUUAACUAUAGGAUUUGUGCUUGGAUUUUCAACCUUUUUGCUUGGAUGUGUAGAUUAUUCAUUAGUUCGUAGUAGUGAUAGCUUGUCGCGAGUUAUAAUACCAAGUUGUAUUGGGCAAUUAUCCGGAUGGACAAAACUAUUUCUCGUAUUAGUUACUUGUAUUUGGAUAUGGACAAUUGUUAGAUUUGUAUUAGAUAUCCGUGGAUUGAUUGAUAUGUACAAUUUUUACACGUAUCUUCUUGAUAUCCCUGACGCUGAUAUGCAAACGAUUUCAUGGCAAGAAGUAGUUUCACGGAUAAUUAAGAUAAGAGACAAUAAUCCAAAUACAAGCCAUCAAAUUAAUAGUCGACCGCAACAACGUUUAGAUGCUCAUAAUAUUACUAAUAGGAUAAUGCGUCAAGAUAAUUAUUUAAUAGCACUUUUCAAUAAAGAUUUGUUAAAUUUAACAAUACCAAUCCCGUUUCUCAGAAAGCAAAAUUUUUUGACAAAGACUAUGGAAUGGAAUUUGAAUUGGUGCGUGAUGAAUUAUGUUUUUAAUGACCAUGGGCAAAUUAGGAAGAGAUUUAUAAAAGAUGUGCAGAGAGAAAAACUAAUUCAUGGGCUACGUAAUCGAAUUAUUUUUAUGGGAAUUCUUAAUUUUGUUUCGGCGCCGUUUAUAGUAGUUUACCUGCUUGUAUUUUUCUUCUUCCGAUAUUUUGAGGAAUAUCGCUCAGAUCCUGGCUCUAUUUUUGGUUCGCGUCAAUGGACACAAUUUGCCCGAUGGAAAUUUAGAGAAUUUAACGAACUUUCACAUUUAUUUCAUCAAAGACUAGAUAAGAGCUAUAAACCCGCAAAUAAAUAUAUCGAUCAAUUUCCCAAAGCAAAAACUAUCUUAUUUAUAAGAUUUAUACUUUUCAUAAUUGGUUCUUUCACGGCCGUGUUGAUUUUAGCUACCUAUAUUGAUCCGGAUCUUUUUCUCGGCUUCGAAAUUACAACCGGACGAACUGUUUUCUUUUAUACUGGAGUUUUAGUACCAUUAUUUGCAGUUAGUCGUGGCAUGAUUCCCGAUGAUCAUUUGGUUUUUGAUCCGGAAGCUAGAUUAAAAAAAGUUGUUGAACAUACGCACUAUUCUCCUGACGAAUGGAGAGGACGAUUACAUACUGAUGAAGUUCGAAGAGAAUUCAUUCAAUUAUUUGAAGUUAAAGUCGUAUUAUAUAUUCAAGAGAUUUUCAGUGUUAUCUUUACGCCUUUCAUACUCUGGUUCUCUCUUGCUGAUUCUUUUGGCGUACAGCAAAUUAUAGAUUUCUUUCGUGAAUUUACUGUUCAUGUAGAUGGUGUAGGUGAUGUUUGCAGUUUUGCAAUUUUUGAUUUCAGAAAACAUGGCAAUGUUAAGUAUGGUGCACCAGCAUCAGAGGUUGAAAACGAAUAUUAUCUUUCGAAAGACGGUAAAAUGGAGAAAAGUUUUUUAAAUUUUAAGGCGAAUCAUCCAGAUUGGGAACCAACAGAUCCGUUUGGAUCUCUUUAUCUUAGUCGUUUAACAGAAUUUAAUAAUCAGGCUCACCCAGAACGUCCUAAUGCCGCGCGUACAUCAGUAGUUGAUUCUAUUCUUAAAACAACUAAUAAUAACAACAAACGCAAUAGUAAUAAUAACGUACAUUUCAGUUAUCCAAUUGGCUCUCAAUCAACAACUCAUUAUACCAAUGCCGGAAUUGGAGGUGGAGGUGGUGGUGAUGACUUAAACUCGAUCAUGGAAGAUGGCCAAACACAUGCUGGUCCAUCUCAUAUAACACGAGGAUCUUAUCGUGGUUAUGGUAUAAGUAAUCCACCCUCAAGCCCAUUAAAUUCCCCUCGUUCAAGUCAAGAACAUUAUACUAGUGAAUUGGGUGAUUCUUUUAUAUUACCGGGUGCAAGGAUAGGUGGAGCUGGAAUAAAUGAAUCAAAUGAACACGAUAAACCGCGUAAUGGUGGAGUAAUUGGUUUGUUAAAUCAAUUUUAUGAACUUAAUAAUUCUUCAAUGUAAAAUAAAUAUUAAAGCGAAAAGGGAUUUAAUUUGUGAAUAAAUGGGAUCGGCCUGAAAAUAAACAUAAGGAACAUUAUUUAUUACUUUUUUCGAAUAAACAUCUUUUAAAAACAUUGUGUUGUAUAGAUAGACUUAGACAUAUUUUUUUGUUUGAUUGUGAUCCUUUUAACUUUAUCGUGCAAAAAAAAUUGUAUCGAAAAUAUCCGUCUUAAUCACAAAAAAAAGGAGUCCACUGCAUUUUUAUAUCACGACAUUUGAAUUC